AGGAGGAAGAGGGCGUGUUCUACUACCUCCUUGCCGUGUUCUGGUGAUCAGGAAGACUCAAAGAAAUGUAACACACAACCGUGUUCUAAUGUGGUUCUUCCUGCAACCAUUCCCCCAAAUUCGUCAAAGUUUGGCUGUUACAUAUGCAGUCACGAAAAAUCAAGCGAAGCAUGUAAUAUGAAGGGAAUUCAGGCUUGUCCAAAUGGAAAACAGAUUUGUGGUACAAGAGUUGACAGAAAGACAAAGAAUGUAAUGAAAGCAUGCACGGCCGUCUGCAAACCUGGCUGCAACAAGAACGCAUGCACGUUCUGUUGUUCAUCUACUGGAUGUAAUAAAGAAUUUGGUAAAUAUGGACAGUGGUCGUCGUGGAAAGAAAAGAAAACCAAAGGUGGCAAAAUAUUGGAGCGCAAACGAGACUGCACGACGCAAGAAUGCUCUGGUGACACCACCGAGACCAAACCCUGCACACCCGCCCUGUGUUCUGGCUACAAACAACAAUGCAACGUCUGCAACAAAGCAAAGAAGAACAGCGAGUGUACAAAAGUAGAAACAUGCAAAAAGGAUGAAGAUACUUGCGAAACUCGCGUGGAAAAGAACAAAGCGGAAAUAACAAAACGGUGUAGAAAGGAAAAGGACUGCAAACCAAAGUGUGAUCCCAAAGAUAGUUAUUGUGUUACCUGUUGUAAGGGAUCACUGUGCAACAAAGAUGAAGCAUAUGGAACGUAUAGCCUCUGGAGUGUGUGGUCUGCUUGCAGUAAGCGAUGUGGUGGUGGUAAACAAAGCAGAACUAGGAAGUGUUCCUCAUCGAAAUUGCCUUGUGAAGGACCAUCCACGGAGGAAAAGGGCUGCAACACCGCCUCCUGUGUGCAAUCAUCAGAAUGCCAGAAGUGUACAAGUGCCAAAAAUAAUGCAGAGUGUAACAGACAAAAUAAAGAAAUUUGUUCAGCCUAUCAGUCCUGCGAGACAAAGAUUGAUCGUCGGACCAAAGCACUGACUAAGAAAUGUACGCCAACAUCUGCAUGUAGAACCCUCUGUCACGGCAACUCAGCCGUCUGCACUUUCUGUUGUCAAGGAGAUAACUGCAACGAAGUUUAUGGUGAAUGGGCUCCUUGGAGUGCAUGGGCACUAAAGAAUGGAAAGAAGAUCAGAACUCGGUCCUGUAAUACUAUAGAGUGUUCAGGUGAUAGUGUAGAGGAGCAAACCUGCACUGGUACAGCAUGUUCAGGAGUACAAAAUUUCCAGUGUAGAAGCUGUACAAACGCCAGGUCUGACGCGGAAUGUAACUUUGGAAACUUUGUCACAUGCCCUGCUAAUCAACAAACAUGCCAAACCAAAGUUGUUCGAGGAACUGGUCUAAUUACAAAAGGAUGUGCUGCGCCAACUUCAUGUACACCAUCCUGUACAGCGGGAAGCCAGACCUGUACAUUCUGUUGUUCAGGCUCUCAGUGCAAUGAAAAUUUUGGUUCAUGGGGAAUGUGGGGCUCAUGGUCCGUGACUGGCACUAAAGGAAGCAUGAUGACCCGAAAACGCACCUGUACUUCUAUCGAAUGUUCUGGAGAGACUGAAGAGACUGUAAAGUGUCAGGGACCCAUUUGUUCACAGUUUAGAUGUCAAGCCUGUAACAAUGCAAAUUCAAACGAGGAAUGCAACAAACAAGGUUUCCAGACUUGUUCCCAAGAUCAAGAUACUUGCGGAACUACAGUUGAACGGGCAACAAAGCGCAUGUCAAAGGGUUGUAAAGCUAAAGGCGCAUGUACACCAUGGUGUGACGCAGUAUCUUGUACCUUCUGUUGCAAGGGAGCUUACUGUAACGACGUUUAUGGUGUGUGGCAGCUAUGGACAUCUUGGAAGGUGGUCCUAGAAAACAAUGUAUAUAUCAGACAGCGAACACGUGACUGCGUUACUACAGAGUGUUCCGGAAACGGCAUAGAAAAGGAACCGUGCACAGGAUCAAUUUGUACAAGUGGCGUAAAGCCUGCUGUAGACGGAGGAUUCACUGAUUGGUCCACCUGGUCGUCUUGUUCUAAGACCUGUGGAACUGGAACAGCCGAGAGGUCUAGGACAUGUACCCAACCUGUCCCAGAAAAUGGCGGGAAAAACUGUACUGGGGUGUAUUCGGAAUCCAAAGCGUGUAGCACACAGCCAUGUGCAGUGGAUGGCACGUGGGGAGUUUGGGGACCCUGGGCACCAUGCUCGAAGACCUGUGGGGGUGGGAAACAACAUCGUGAGAGAAAGUGCGACGACCCCGCCCCCGCUCAUGGCGGCAGCGACUGUACAGGGGACUCUACACAGCUAGACGACUGCAAUACUAUUCUAUGUCCUUUGCCCUCAUCGGGUCAAUAUGUGCAAAAAUGCCCAAGGGGCUGGUUUACCUGUAAGAGUGGUGGCAUCACCUGUAUCGAUGAAUCGUUCAAGUGCGAUUGUACUAACGACUGCGACGACGGAAGUGACGAAGAAAUUGCGUAUGCUUCAUGUACCAUAUCACAAAUGCAGGGCUGUCAAAGUGGAACUGAUCAUGUGAAAAUAUCAUGGUGGGUUCUGCUGCUGACGGUCUCCGUUGGACUUCUUGUACUGCAUUAAAAUCAACACAAAAAUAUUUAAAAUGGAAAGGCAAAUAACUGUAAAAAUCCUGAGUGCUUUUAAUAAAGGCCAAAUUGCGAUACAUAUAUAUGAUUUCUGAUUUGGAGCUCAGCAUGUCUUGUUUUUUCGGAGUUUCUUGACAAGGCGGGCCGGGGAAGGGAAAUGGAUUUACGAAAACAAGUUUUGAAAACAUCAUCAACGUCCUCUCGAAAUCAAUGUCAUAUUUGUUAAGCACGUAUCAUUUAUAAGACAUAAAUGAUAUUAAACUAUUGAAGUCUAGUAAACUGAUCAGGACAUAUUAAUUUGAAUGUUUCAGUAUUUGAUUUAAUUUGAACAUAUUUUAUUAUGUAAUAAAACAUAAAUGGAUUGGGCAGCAGGCUUUGCCUAUAUAAGCCCAUAUGUUUUAGUAUUGUGUCAUAAUGUAACUAUUAUGACUGAUAUGUAAUAAUGUAACAGGAUUGUUUUUCAUAAUAGAAUAGGUUUGUUAUGUCAUAUUGAACAGUUGCUUGGAUUUUUAUGUCAUUAUGUAACAGGAUUGUUAUGUCAUGAUGUAAUGAUAUGCCAUAACGUAACAGAUAAGACUGUUGUGUCAUUAUGUAACAGUGAGAAUUAUUAUGUCAUAAUGUACAUGUAACAGUUAGAAUGGUUAUGUAAUAAUGUAACAGGGCUGGGCACAAGCUCUUGACACAU